AUGUCUUCUACUAUUGUUGAACAAACUAACGGUAACAUUCCCAAAGCAAAUGGGACACACUUACAAGAGUCAGCACUGGAGGAACUCGCCUCUCAGAUGCAGGAAAACGCGAAAAUAGUGAGCGAGUUUCUGCGGUCCAGCGGCCAUGCUGCUCCAUCUUUUGCUAGUGAUGCUCCAGCAACAUCGAUCCCGGCUUCUGCACCCCCUGAGAUAGGUGCGGCGCGACAGGCUUUGAUGGGAGCUGCCCUCCAGAUCUUCCAUCUGGCUGCCGGCCCCAGCGAGUAUCUGCCGCAUUUAGCUGUCGGAUAUCAGCAUAUUGCGUGCCUUCGAUGGCUCACCCAUUUCAAAAUCUUCCAACUGGUCCCGCGCGACUCGUCCAUUGCUUACCCAGCCCUUGCAGCGGCGGCAGGAGUUUCGGUCAAACAGCUCAAGACCGUCGCUCGCAUGGCCAUGACGAGUCACUUGUUCUGCGAGCCGGAGCCCAACACAGUUGCUCACACGGCAACGUCAAUUCUAAUCGCGUCAGACUCCAGUUUCUAUGACUGGGCAUCGUUUAUGUGCGAGGCGUCGGUCCCAAUGGCCGCAAAAUUGGUUGAAGCAACAGAGAAGUGGACAGACAGUGAAGAAAAGACUCAGACUGCGUACAACGUUGCAUUCGACACCGAUCUACCCUUCUUCGACCAUCUCAAGACCCAGCCCGACAAGACGCGGCAGUUUGCCAGUUACAUGAAGAAUGUGCAAAAGAGCGGCGGCACUGGAAUGCACUAUCUCAUUGAAGGGUUUGACUGGGCCAGCCUGGGUAAAGGGACUGUUGUAGAUGUCGGUGGUUCCAGCGGAGCAGCAAGUAUUUCUCUCGCAUCGACAUUCCCGGACCUUAACUUCAUUGUCCAGGAUCUGCCUGAGAACGCAGCGGACGGACAAGCGUUUCUGGCCUCGCCGGAGCAACAGGAAAAGCUGGGCAAGAGCGUUACUUCGCGCAUCUUCUUCGAGGGUCAUGAUUUCUUCCAGCCCCAGCCAUUCCAGGGCGCAGACGUGUAUCUGCUUCGUAUGAUUCUGCACGACUGGCCAAAGAAAGAAGCCGUCAAGAUUUUGCAGAACCUUCUACCUGCUCUGAAGGAUACGUCUCGCAUUAUCAUCAUGGACACCGUCUUGCCGCAGCCGGGGUCUAUCCCCUCUGCCCAGGAGCGUCUGCUGAGAGCCAGGGAUAUGACUAUGUUGGAGGCAUUCAAUAGCUUAGAAAGAGACUUGCAAGACUGGAAGGAGCUGCUGGGUUCUGUGGAUGAACGGUUGGCUUUGAAGAAUGUGGUUCAGCCUGUUGGAAGUGUUAUGUCUGUUCUUGAGAUAACACUUGAUCGACGCGAAUAG